AUGGCACCCUGGCAAGUUCCUCCUCCUCUUCUUCUUUCUCUUGUAUUUCGUCUGGUGCUAGAGAAAAGAGUCGCUUUAGCUUUGGCCGAAAACCUCCUGCUCAUUGGUCUCAUACAACGUGCAGAGCUCUCUUGGACGACAAUUCUGGUGAUUGUGACUGUCUUUGUCGCAUCGGCUUUCUUCCAGACUCAAUCGGAGUACGCCGGUUCAGUGCAGAGCACUGAUUCAGGUACAGCCCCACGUGGCUGCCCAGUCAAGAUUUGGGAUAGCAGUAGCGGGUGCCGGACGGAUACUCUUCGUCAAUGGAAUCAAAAAUCAAACUACGGUCCUCUCCGAAAGGCUCAGGUUCCAGAGAGUGAUGGGGAUCUCCACGCCGGGAAGGCCUUUCACGGCCGGGUGACAAUGUUCCCGUGCGACCUUCGACACCUGCGUCGGUCCGGCUUCAAAAACGACUAUCACCAUUCGUAUCUCUACGUUGGUUACCCAGUCGGUCUCCGAGCCUGCUAUAGCCCCUUGGUCACUGUUGAGCCACCGUUUCGACCUCGGUUCUUGCUGCCUACCAAAAAAGCAUGGUUCAGAAUUAGACCCGAAGAUCACGCCUUCAACGGCGGCGCAAACCUGUCGAUGACUCAAAAGCUAGAGGAAUUUCUCUUGUCCGAGGGAGAGGAUCCUGCCGAAUGGCCAUAUGCGUACCUUCUAACGCCGCCGAGUGUCACUUGGCAGUUGAAUAAUCCACUUUCGUUCUGGUACCUACGUCGUAUGGCGAGCGUAGGCUGUGGCUCACGCGGAACUGCCGAACGACUACGUCCCGGAAUGGCCCUUAUUGCUUUCAAGGCGAAUUUAAGAAGGAUCUACAAGUCUCACCAUUUACACCCACUACGGCAAGCUAUGUUAUUCAUUCGUCUGAUCCUUGUGGCAACUCCCUUGGAGAAGCUGAAGAUCAUGGUCACGUUGAAAGAAGGGAACGAAACAGUCAUGCACGGUGUGGUCAACUCUACCGGUCUGCCCCUUGACGCUGCCACUGCGACCGUAGGUUCUUCUAUACGUUUCCUCGUGAGUUGGUGGUGGGUUCCAAUGUGCAGUGUGGUGGUUUUCCGGAUUCUCUUCAAAGCGGCAAAGAUAUAUUUGACGCACAAUAGGAAGGAGCUGAACAUCCAGACAAGAGCAGAGAAUACCAAAACUGCUAUCUCCAAGUCUGCACGGCUGUCCGAAAGGUGA